AUCCGCCACGUCCAUAACGGGGGCGAACAGUCCUUCCGGACCAUCGUCGAUGCCUAUUUCGUAGACGGGUACGAUCCCCUGAUCUGUACUGUCUACGAGUUUCAUGGUUGUCUCUAUCAUGGUUGUCCCCGCUGCUAUCCCAGCAGGCGGCAUUAUGCUGUGCCGGAGAGAAGCGUGGAGGAACUGUAUCAAGCCACUCUAUGCAAACGCAUGGCUCUGCUUCGAGCGGAUUACACCGUCAUUGAAAUGUGGGAGUGUGAGUGGGACCGUCUGGUAGACAGCGAGCCCGCCGUGUCUCAGUUUCUUCGUUCAUUCGAUCUUGUCGCGCCCUGGGAACCCCGCGAGGCCUUCUUUGGGGGUCGAACAGGCGCCGUGGCCCUGCAUGCUGUGGCUGGGGAGGGUGAGGAAAUACCCUAUGUGGAUGUGACCUCCCUUUACCCGUGGGUGAAUAAGAACUGCCCUUACCCCAUCGUUCAUCUGCAAAUCACCACGCAGCCCGUCGAUCAGUCCCUGGGGUCGUAUUUUGGUAUCCCCACGGUGGACAUUCUUCCCCCUGCUGGUUUGUUCCACCCCGUCUUGCCCGUGCGCAGUGGCCAAAAACUCACCUUUCCUCUCUGCCGUUCCUGUGUCCAGGAAGAGCAGGCCAAACCCUUGUUGACCAGAACCCAUUAUUGCCCUCAUUCCGACGCCGAUCGCACGCUACGCGGGACCUGGAGCUGGUCAAAGCUGUGGAAAAGGGGUACACCCUGGUCAAGAUCCACGAAGUCUGGCAUUUUCCGCCCGAGCAACGCCGAACAGGUCUCUUCUAUGUCAAUACCUGGUUAAAGCUAAAACAAGAAUCGGCGGGGUGGCCCAGCUGGUGCCAGGCCGUGGAGCAGAAACGGGACUACAUUCUUCGUUACCAGGAGCGGGAGGGCAUUCGACUGGAUAUUGCCAGCAUUGCCAAAAAUCCCGGUCGCAAGGCUACCACCAAGCUGAUGCUCAACAGCUUCUGGGGCAAAUUCGGCGAGCGUGUCAACAAACCCACCACCGUCACCGUCAAGGACCCUGCCCAUUUGUUCAGUCUCAUCUCCGAUGCUGCUGUCGAUCUCAGCACCCUCCGCCUCUGUACCGACGACAUCUUGGAG